UUGAUUGCUCGCACGCAAAUACCGUUCAAGGACGUUGACCAUGUCAUUUGCGGUACUGUCAUUCAAGAAUGCAAGACGAGCAACGUGGCCAGGGAAGCUGCACUAGAGGCAGGCUUUCCAGAUAAGAUCCCUUGCCAUACAGUAACACUUGCUUGCAUUUCCUCUAACGUUGCAAUGACAACUGGAAUGGGCAUGUUGGCUACCGGAAACGCAAAGGCGAUUAUUGCUGGUGGAGUGGAGCUUCUUUCGGACGUCCCUAUCAGAUAUAACAGAAAGGUUGGCUGGAUCAUGACUCUUUUUUCUCGAGGAGAGAUUGCGAUGAACAUGUUCACCCCAGAGUUACCAGCCGUGGCCGAAUUCUCUACGGGAGAGACCAUGGGACACAGUGGUGAUCGACUUGCCGCCGCUUUCAACGUAUCCAGG